AUGGGGACAACCACCGAAGGAAUCAAGUUGCAACGCUCGGUACACGAUCCCAGAAACCCGUUGGUGUAUCUGGAUGUAAAAAUCGGCCAAGAGAGUGUUGGCCGGAUCGUGGUAGAACUGCGGGCAGAUGUUGUACCGAAAACAGCCGAAAAUUUCAGAGCACUGUGCACGGGCGAGAAAGGAAUAUCUCCAAUCACCGGAACACGCCUUCACUACAAGGGUACACCGUUUCAUAGGGUAAAAUCAUUGUUCAUGUCACAGGGUGGAGACAUCGUGAACUUUAAUGGUACUGGCUGCGAGAGCAUCUAUGGGGACACAUUUGAGGAUGAAAAUUUCACGCUUUUGCACGAAGAUGGCGCAGUUUCGAUGGCAAAUUUGGGUAAACCACAUACCAACAAUUCCCAGUUCUUCAUAACUUCCGGCGAGUGUCCACACUUGAACGGGACGAACGUGGUGGUUGGGUACGUGAUACGGGGCGGUGGUAUCAUCGGCGAACUGGAACGACAUUCCAACGAUGAAGGUCAUCCAAUUGUGCCGAUCGUCAUAGAAGACUGUGGACAGAUAGCACCCGGUGACAAUUGGCGGAUAAAUGAUGAUGACGACGAGAUUGACCCGUUGCCGCCCUUUCCGGACGAUUGGAACAGAUUCUACGAUGAGUUUACGGCCGACGAAAUGCUUCAGUACCUGAAUGCAAUCCGAAGCGUUGGGAACCGGUACUUCAAGGAUGAUCAAUUCGUAAGAGCAAAUCGUCGGUAUAAGAAAGCGGAACGGUACUACAAUUUCUUCACCAACCUGCUGAACAAAGUGUCUCCGCGCAGGGAGAUACAUCGUACACUGUUGACCGAAUUUCAUUUGCUUAACUGUCUCAACCAGGCCGUUGUACAGUUGCGGCUAAAGGAAUACGCAAGCGUAGUGUACGCGUGCGACACAGUCCUUUCCAUUGAUCCGGACAACACCAAGGCACUGUACAGGCGUGGAAUGGCAAAUAACGAACUGCGAAACUACGAACAAGCGAUGGCAGAUUUGCGGAAGGCACUGAAGCGAAUACCGGACGAUCGAUUGAUUCUGAACGAAUAUGAACGUACGCGGAAAAAUUUACAAGAGUACACGAAUCAGCAGCGAAAAGCUUUUGCCAAAAUGUUCUAUUGA